AUGUCCCGCGGUUCCAGCGCCGGCUUUGACCGGCACAUUACCAUUUUUUCGCCCGAGGGUCGGCUUUACCAAGUAGAAUAUGCUUUUAAGGCUAUUAACCAGGGUGGCCUUACAUCAGUAGCUGUCAGAGGGAAAGACUGUGCAGUAAUUGUCACACAGAAGAAAGUACCUGACAAAUUAUUGGAUUCCAGCACAGUGACUCACUUAUUCAAGAUAACCGAAAACAUUGGCUGUGUGAUGACAGGAAUGACAGCUGACAGCAGGUCCCAAGUACAGAGGGCACGCUAUGAGGCAGCUAAUUGGAAAUACAAGUAUGGCUAUGAGAUUCCUGUGGACAUGCUGUGCAGAAGAAUUGCUGAUAUUUCUCAGGUCUACACACAGAAUGCUGAAAUGAGGCCCCUUGGUUGUUGUAUGAUUUUAAUUGGUAUAGAUGAAGAACAAGGUCCUCAGGUGUACAAGUGUGAUCCUGCAGGUUACUACUGUGGGUUUAAAGCCACUGCAGCAGGCGUUAAACAAACUGAGUCAACCAGCUUUCUUGAAAAAAAAGUGAAGAAGAAAUUUGAUUGGACAUUUGAACAGACAGUGGAAACUGCGAUUACCUGCCUGUCUACUGUUCUAUCAAUUGAUUUCAAACCUUCAGAAAUAGAAGUUGGAGUAGUUACAGUUGAAAAUCCUAAAUUCAGGAUUCUUACAGAAGCAGAGAUUGACACUCAUCUUGUUGCUCUAGCAGAGAGAGACUAA